UGGGCAUCCGGCAGAAGCAACGAUGGUGGACGGUCCAAUGCCAUCCCCAGUGGUACCUAGCAUGGCAACGACUCGAAGCAACGCCAAGCGGCCACGUGCGGAUGAUGGGCGUUAUACCGAGUCUCGCCCGCCGCCGCCGCUUCGCGUGAGUCCUCGUCCGACGUCCGCUGCAGGGACUGGCGGCGUCGCAGCAGCGUCGGUUGCUAAACCAGACAAACUCGCAGACGACCUCCACCCGAGUCUCAUGACGGAACGCCAACAAGUCGCGUUUCUCUUGCGUCAAUCGGCGCAAGCCAUGACUGCCUCAUCCGAUGACAGCGAAGACGAUCGCCGACCUACGCGGACGUCCAGACAGACGAAGGCACCACCUGCAGCUACACCGUCCGCAGCUAACAAGGAAAACGAGACCUCUCGACGAAGAAAGGCUGCCGCGCCGAAGAAGCCCAGACCCAUUGCACGAGCCAGUGUGAUUGAUAUUCCGAGCUCGAUCAAGGUGGAUACGGCGCGAUGCUGCCUCUGCACGUCCUGGACAGACUCGCUCUUCCUCUGUGGGCAUUGCGACAAGAAAUACCCGACCCAGAAAGCACUCGGCCAUGCUGUCUGAUGCGCACUCAAGGGGGGACGUCUCCCCAUGUAUAUCCAUCCUCAACCACCGACUACAAACAGUCGUCCCGACAGCCUGUACUUCACAGCCCAUAUGCGCAUCGUAACCACGAAUUCUACGAUGCUUGGCAACCCCUGUCUUGUGCUCCUUUGACAAUAUGACAAAAGAUCGCUUGUAGUAACUUUGAAUCAUCCAGGGUUGACCUUGGUCCCUGAAUGUGCACCGUCUUUUUCC